CCCCUCCCAGCUUAUAGGGCUGAUAGCGGUGGCCAUUGCAUUUAAAGAGUGCAGGAAUCCCUAGUGUUCAAACCCUUCAAGGCCUAAGAAAAUAAGGAGGAACAUCAGGCAACUCCGGCUACUCUUCAGAUAUAAAGAUGCCAAACUGGGGAGGCGGAGCCAAAUGCGGUGCCUGUGAAAAGACUGUGUACCAUGCUGAGGAAAUCCAGUGCAAUGGAAGGAGUUUCCACAAGACAUGCUUCCUCUGCAUGGCUUGCAGGAAAGCUCUGGACAGUACCACAGUGGCAGCACAUGAAUCUGAAAUCUACUGCAAAACUUGUUAUGGGAGAAAAUAUGGUCCCAAAGGAAUUGGCUUCGGACAAGGGGCAGGAUGUCUCAGCACUGAUACUGGUGACCAUCUGGGCUUGAAUCUGCAACAGGGCUCACCUAAGCCUGCUCGCCCUUCUACACCAACUAAUCCAUCAAAAUUUGCCAAAAUGAUGGUAGAUGUGGAUAAAUGUCCCCGUUGUGGCAAAUCCGUGUAUGCUGCAGAGAAGAUUAUGGGAGGAGGAAAACCUUGGCAUAAGACAUGCUUCCGCUGUGCUAUUUGUGGGAAGAGCUUAGAAUCCACGAAUGUUACAGACAAAGACGGAGAGCUCUACUGUAAAGUUUGCUACGCAAAAAAUUUUGGUCCCAAAGGAAUCGGCUUUGGUGGCCUCACUCAAGUGGAAAAGAAGGAGUGCGAAUGA